AUAUUUCUUAAUUUAUAGAUUGUUUCUAUUUCACCAUAUUCACUAUACUCUUUGUCACGUUGGUUGGAAGCUUGGUUGUGAGCCGUGUAGUAGGCCCUUAAAUUAAAUGACAAUGACAACCAUAUGAAUGACAAUAUUGACAAAAUAACCUAUAAAAGUAUGCAAACCUAACCAAUUUAUGUUUCUAUCGAAAAAUAAAUAAGUUAAGUUUUUCUAUGCAGUUGAAAUCGAUUGAUAACAUGAACCUAACUAUCCAGGAGAUCUACACAUCGGUAGCAUGUAACCGUACACCCGAAAUAGCAGACUGGAAUAAUGAAGGCAUCAUUUGUUAUGGAGCUACCAACGCUGUUGUUAUUUAUAAUACGAAUCUAAAAGGCACCAACCCCAUAAAAGUGUUCAGCCACCACAAAUCCAAAGUGAACUCAGUGAAAUGGCUCCGCAAGCCAGACGGCUCUUGCACAGAGCUAUUAUCAUGCUCUGCAGAUAAAACCGCAGCCAUUUGGAGAAAUGUGGAUGGGAUUUGGAAGGUGACAAGUGUAUUGACAGGGCACACAGAUGGGGUGGGCUGUGUGAAUGGGCUGUAUACAAAAGAUGAUGAUUUGUUGGUGUUUACUGGGUCUAUUGAUUCUACUAUUAGAGUGUGGGAGAGGAAGGAUGGUACAACAAACCACAAGCAAACAAUCUCGCUCAACUCUGGCCUGUGCCUCACCCUGUGCCCACACCUUCUCGGAGGCCAGCCUGUGUUGUUCUGUGCGCUAGAUGACCACAAGAUACAUGUGUUCGCCGGAGAGGAGUUUCAUAAAGUGCACAGUCUAGUGGGGCAUGAGGAUUGGGUGCGAGGGCUGGAUGUAAUGGAUUUUGAUUCCAACACAAUACUGUUAGCAUCCGCCUCUCAAGACACAUACAUCCGUCUGUGGCGCAUCCAACUGCAUGUAGAACAACCCACAGUGGGCAUCAAGGUGGAACAGAAGGUGUUCCAGGCGUGUGGGACUGAGUGGGCGGUGAAGCUUGAAGCAGUUCUGGCUGGACAUGAGGGAUGGGUGUAUGGGGUUCAAUGGAAUCCCAGCGUCAAUACAGACGGCACCAUCACCCCAGUCCACCGCCUCCUUUCAUCCUCCUUGGACAAAACCCUGAUCGUAUGGGCACCGGAUGAAACCGGCGCGUGGGUGGAGCGCGUCAGAGUAGGGGAAGUGGGGGGAAACGGACUAGGAUUCUACGGUAGCCGGUUCGGACCCGGCGGUGGCUCCUUUUUAGGACACGGCUAUAACGGGUCCUUCCAUAUCUGGGAACUAAACAAGGAGACUCGCCAAUGGGAGCCCCGUGUUGUCUGCGGGGGGCAUUUCGGACGAGUUGAAGACAUAGCUUGGGCGCCAGCCAAGUACCUCAUCAGCGUCUCCGCCGAUCAGACCACGCGGCUACAUGCUCCCUGGACACGGCCCGACGGCUUAGCGGAGUGGCACGAGCUAGCCCGGCCACAAGUGCACGGCUACGACCUAGCCGCCAUAGCGCCUAUAUCGUCGCGCACGUUCGCGUCGGCGGCCGAAGAGAAGGUCAUCCGCGUAUUCGACGCGCCUUCCAACUUCGCGCACAACUACCAAGCUAUCGUUGGCCAGCCUCUAGGAGGGGAAGAUGCUGGUGCGGAGGGCGCUUCAGUGCCGUCGCUGGGUUUGUCCAACAAGGCAGUGUUCGCGGGAGACGUGGCCGAUGAUGAUGGAUACUUUGUACCCGUCAAACUUACAGAACCCCCUACCGAAGAAACUCUAAUGCAAAACACGCUCUGGCCGGAGCGGCACAAGUUGUACGGGCACGGGUACGAGGUGUUCGCGCUGGCCGCGGCGCCCGACGGCGGCCUGCUGGCCUCGGCCUGCAAGGCCAACGUGGCUGAACAUGCCGCCCUCAGACUUUGGGACACUCAAAAUUGGCAGCAAAUCCAAACCCUGGUCUCUCACCAGCUCACCGUCACCCAAUUAUCCUUCAGUCCCGACUCCCAACACCUUCUCUCCGUUUCCCGCGACCGACGCUGGACCUUAUACAGCAGGCAACAGGGCUCAAACUCGUUUGAGCAGGUCGCCUGUACAGAUAAAACGAACGGUGUGCACACGAGGAUCAUUUGGUGCUGUGCGUGGACGCACGAUUCUAAGAUGUUUGGAACUGGCUCUAGGGAAGGCAAGGUUUGCCUGUGGACCAAAUCCGCUCCCACGAGCACCUCCCUCGGCUCCCACGCGCUGGCCAGCACGCUGGAGCUCCCUAAGGAGUCUGUCACAGCCCUGGCAUUCGCACCUGUUAUACACAACCUCGCGGCGGUCGGGCUGGACUCCGGCGUCAUAAAGUUCUACACGUUCGGCAAGGAGUGGACGCUGCUGAAGGAACUCGAUCACAGUGCGGCACAUCACUUGACCGUCCGAAGGCUGGCGUUCAAGCAAGACGAAAAUGCACUUCUACUGGGAAGCGGUGGCGCGGACCAUAUCGUUAGGGUCUAUGGAGUCUCUGUAUCAUGAUAUAAAUUAUACUUAACGAAGAAUUUAUUGAAAUAAAUGUUUAUACAUACCAA